AUGGAGUCGGGCGGAGAAGUUAGAGUGUUAGAGCAAUCCCGGAUCUUCCCAACGAUGGGAUCGGCGGCGGCGCCGCCCUCUCUUCUGCUCACCUUCUUCGACGUCCUCUGGUCGACCUCCGGUCCCUUCCGCCGCCUCUUCUUCUACGACUUCCCCCACCCCGCUGCAGUCUUCGCCGACUCGGUACUGCCGAAGCUGAAGUCGUCCCUGUCCCUCGCGCUUGCCCGGUUCUACCCCCUGGCGGGCAACCUCAGAUGCUCCGUCAGCCAUGACGACGUCUCCGAGAUCGGUUGGACUGAAGGCGAAUCACUGUCCUUCGCCUUGGCCGAGUGCGACAGCGGGUUCCACGAGCUCUCCGGCGACCACGCCCGCGACGUGUCCAAGCUGCAGCGGUUGGCGCCCCGGCCGAUCUGGUCGGGUGCCGCGAAGCCGUUGUUGGCUGUGCCGGUCACCGUGUUCCCCGACCAAGGCUUCACCAUCGGGGUAUGGGUGCAUCACGUCGCGUGCGACGACUCGAGCUACACGCGCUUCGUUAAAUCGUGGGCGUCCGCUUGCCGAGCCGGGGAGAUCGUGGAGCCGGCGGCACCGUUAUUCGACAGGAUGGAGAUCCCUAAUCCCCUUCAGCUGCGUUCCGUCAACUUCAUUCCAGGUUACGAGAACUCCGGGACCCGUGAAGCGUCGACCCUCGCCUCCAACUUGGUUACCGCCACGUUCGCCCUCGGACAAGAGCACAUCCGGCGUCUCAAGUGCUGGGUGAUGGCCAAGGCCGGCGAGCGCAACACCACCUUCCAUUGCUCGACAGUGGUGGUGACCUGCGCGCACGUGUGGGUCUGCCUCCUGAAGACGUUGGGCGACGCAGGCGACGAGACCGCGCACUUCACAUUCACGGCGGAUGCCAGGGAUCGGCUGCGGUCGCCAGUGCCCGAGACAUACUUUGGCAACUGCAUCGUCCCGUGCUUUGUGGAGGUGAAGGUGAGCGAUCUGGUCGGGGAGGACGGCAUCUUCGCCGCCUCGGAGGCCAUCGGGAAGGCCAUAGAAGACCUGAAACAUGGCGCCCUGAAGGGUGUGCAUGGCAUGUGCGAGAGAUGGUAUCAUGUCACGCAGAAACUUCCCAUGACCCUGACGGGAUCACCCAAGUUCAAAGCUUACGAUACUGAUUUCGGGUGGGGAAGACCGGUGAAGGUUGAGACUGUGUUGCAGAAGACCCGAGCCAUGUAUCUGCAGGAUAGCAGAAGUGGAGAUGGCGUGGAAAUUGGCCUAUCAUUCGAGCAGCAUCAGAUGGAUGCGUUCGAGAGGCACUUCCUCAGUGGCCUGAAACUUCUUCCUGAAUAG